UGCGCAGAGGAGCCUGGUGGGUCACAGUCCAUAGGGUCGCAAAGAGUCAGACAUGACUGAAGCAACUGACAGGGGGGCAGGGGGAAACAGCAGUAAUAAGGCAAAGAAGGUGUUAGUUUAUACAGGAUGACUGGGGAAAGGUCUCACUGAGAUGCAGAAACUGAGAGAAGAAAAUGAAUAUCUGAGGAAGACUACCAGUGGUGGGCCAGCAAGUGCAAAUGCCUUGAGGCCUUGUGUCUUUCUACCAAGCUUUCACUGAGACUUGGACACCUAAAGUUUGAGGCAUCACUCACAGGAAAGGGUCUUAAACAUACAUACUGUCAUUUUUGUCCAUUUGCUAACUCAACUAGUACUUACUAGGUGCUCAUUAGAACUGCAAAGAUAAGAUUGAAAUCUGCAAAGACCUUACAACCUUCAGAGGGAGACAGAUACAUUAGUGGGUAAUUGAGUGCAACUGCAAUCAGCCCAGAGAGGCACAGGAGCACAGAUGAGCAGCUCCAGCCAACCUGUGGAAUUUAGGAAAGACUUCCUGGGAGAGGCAAGCCUGAAGGUAAGCGGUAGCAAGAGGCUGGGCACAGAGUGAUCCAAGCAAGCAUAUGGUAUGCUGGGAGAAGCUGUAGAUGAGGUGGGAGCUGUGAACAGGGGUCAGAUCCCAGGAUACUUCACAUGCAAUUGGUGGGGAAUAAUGCAGAGAGGUGAUGCCGUGACAUCUGGCUGCAGGGAGAUAACAGAAUCAAAGGGGACAAGAACAAAAGAGACCCAGUAGGCAGCUGUUAAAAUCACUCUUCUAAGAGAUGAUGGUGGCCUGACUUAAGGUUGAUGAAAUGGGCAUGAAGAAGGAAAGACAGGUUCACAAAUAUUUGAGAUAUUAGCAAUUACUGAAAAUGUUAGACUGAGGGGUAAAGGCAGGAACCAGGUUUCUAGUUCAGGUGACCAGGUGAGCAGUGGUGCCGAUUAUUAAGAUAGAUGAUGCAAUGAGGAGAGCAGGAUAUAGGGGAAAUGAUGAGUUAGGAUGUGGACCUGCUAAGGUUCAAGGUGCCUUGAGCAUCUCAGUCCAAGUAAAGCAGUCCAGCAGGCACCUGGGAAGGUGGAUCUGAAAUUAAGGAAGUAGUCAGGGAUGGAGGUACAGAUUUGGAACUCAUCAGCCUGUGGAUGGUACUUGAAACCAUGAGAUAACUUGACACCUCCCAGGGAGAUUCCCUGGAGUAACAGAGAUAAGACCCAGCAGCCCUCUCAAGGACAACUGGAGGAAGAAGGUAAUUAUCAUGACAAUGAUCAUGAUAAUUUUAGAGCACAAGUAUCCAGAUAGAGGAGAAUAAAGAAAGCAAUUGGUGCAGGGGAGUCAGGGAAACGCAGAGUGCCUAAAGGAAGCAGCAAAAAAAUCCAUUGACAAGAGGCCAGGGAAAAUGCCCAGUGGACUUGCAUAAGAGGGGACGUUUGCAAGGCAGUCUUAGCCAUAUGCCUCAAACAGUCCACGGGGUCGCAAAGAGUCAAUCAUGACUGAGCAACUUCACUUUCACUUUCAGAUUGGAAUGGAGAAGUCAGAGACAGGUGGAGGAACUGAUUUUGAAAAGAGGAAAGAUCACCUUAUCAGAAGCUGGGGAGGAGGUGGAAAGUGGAGCCCAGUGUAUGCCUGGGAGGCUAACAUCUCUGCACCAAUCCUAGAGAGCCACAUGGGUGGGAAACGGCAAUAAAAGGACGGUCCACAGCAGAUGUGCAUUUCCACAGUCAGAGAAGGAAGAACAUUCCGCGUUCUCACCACCAGUCAGGGGAACAACCUCCGUCUCCCUGAUCGUAUCUGGGUCUCCCCACGACCACUGCAUGGAGAGUCUGCAGGUUGCUGAGUGACCCGCAUGUCUCAGCUCCUGGAAAGGAUGACUUCUAUCCUGUGGCUGGCCCUGGCCUCCUACAUUCUGACCCUGUCAUCUACAGAGCAGCAAGGUUACAGCAACUCCACUGACACCGGUUCCUAUGAAGAGGACCUGGAUUGCGGAGCCCCUGGCACCCCAGACGCCCAGUUCUGUUUUGACCCCUGCCAGAAUUACACCCUCCUGAAUGAACCCUUUCGAAGCACGGAGAACACAGAAGACCUCCAGGGCUGUGACAGUGACAAACACGGCUGGUACCGAUUUGUGGGGGACGGAGGGGUCAGGAUGCCGGAGUCCUGUGUCCCCGCAUUCCGAUGCCAGACGUCUGCGCCCCUGUGGCUGAAUGGCACCCACCCCAGCCUUGGGGAGGGCAUCGUCAGCCGCACCGCCUGUGCCCACUGGAGUGCCAACUGCUGCCUCUGGAAGACAGAGGUGCUGGUGAAGGCCUGUCCGGGCCCAUACCACGUCUAUCAGUUGGAGGGCACCCCUCAAUGCAACCUGAGAUACUGCACAGACCCUACCACCUCGGAGGACAAGUGUGAUAGGACCUGCCGCCCCGAGGAAGAGUGUCGCCUGGUCAGUGGCACCUGGGGCUGCUUCUGCAGAGAGGACCUCAACGUCUCCGAUGUGCACAGUUUGCAGCCUCAGCUGGACUGUGGGGACAAGGAGAUCAAAGUGUCACUGGACAAGUGUCUGCUGGGAAGCCUGGGUUUUGGAGAUGAGGUCCAUGCCUACCUGCGAGACGGGAACUGGAACUGCAGCAGCCUCGGGCAGAGUGAAGAGGAGAACUGGAUAUCCGUGACCAAUCCCACCCAGGCUGGUGCCUGCGGAAACAUUCUGGAGAGUAACCAGACCCAUGCCAUCUACAAAAACACCCUCUCCUUGGUCAAUGAUUUCAUCAUCAGAGACACCAUCCUCAGCAUCAGCUUCCAGUGUGCCUACCCACUGGACAUGAAAGUGAGCCUUCAAACUGCCCUGCAGCCCAUUGUAAGUUCCCUGAACAUCACUAUGGAUGGGGAGGGAGAGUUCACUGUCCGGAUGGCCCUCUUUCAAGACCAGGACUACAGGUCUCCCUAUGAAGGGACCACAGUCGUUCUGUCUGUUGAAUCCAUGCUCUAUGUGGGCGCCAUCUUGGAGAGAGGGGACACGUCCCGAUUUAACCUGGUGUUGAAGAACUGCUAUGCCACGCCCACUGGAGACAAGACUGACCCUGUGAAAUACUUCAUCAUCAGGAACAGUUGCCCAAAUCAACAUGAUUCCACUAUCUCCGUGGAAGAGAAUGGGGUGUCAGCGGAAAGCCGGUUCUCAGUUCAGAUGUUCAGGUUUGCUGGAAAUUAUGACCUAGUUUUCCUGCAUUGCGAGGUUUCUCUCUGCGACUUCAUUAAAGAAGAGUGCCAACCGUCUUGCUCAAGAAGUCAACUCCGCAGUGAAGGAGUGGCUAUUGACCCAGCCCGGGUUCUAGAUCUGGGACCCAUCACUCGCAAAGGUGCCCAGGCUCUUGGUGUCAUGAGUGGAACACCCAGCACUGCAGGGUUCCUGGUGGCCUGGUCCGUGGUUCUCCUGCCUGUCCUCCUGGCUGGGCUGCUCUGAGAGCUCAGCUGGGCAUCUGGCCUUGAAGCUUGUGUUCUUCCCUCUGGCGAUGGCUUCCAGUCACCCUGCCACUCUGCUGGUUCUGUCUUCAAACAAAUCACGUAGUCUCCAGGCCUGACUAGUUUUGGAGAAAAAGAAGAGCUUCCCCUCAUUUAACACUCUCAAUGCCUUUAUAUUCCUCUUUUUCUCAUGGUGGGGGCUCUGAUACCUGGCCUGGACUGACUUUUCUCAUUCAUUAGCAGGCUCUUGAAAGCAAACUUGCUAGGUGCUUGUGUGUCUACAAGUAUAACAUAUGUUCACAGCUUCAGGGAAGAGGGGCUAUGUCAAUGAGGGGAAGGAGCAGGGGCAGAGCUUGUAAAUGAGGUACCCUCCACGAUCUGCUGAAGUACCUCCAUUCUGACUGCCAAUAAAUUGAACAGACUGAU